AGCAGCAUGAAGCGCUCGCACCCGGACUACAGCUCCUCCGACAGCGAGGAGCUGGAUGAGCCCAUCGAGGUGGAGAAGGAGAGCGGAGACGAGAAUGGAAACUUGAGCUCCGCUCCAGGUUCUAUGUCUCCAACCACCACUUCCCAAAUUCUGGCUCGGAAAAGACGCAGAGGGAUUAUUGAAAAACGUCGCAGGGAUCGGAUCAACAAUAGCUUGUCAGAGCUGAGGAGGCUGGUGCCUAGUGCUUUUGAAAAGCAGGGAUCAGCUAAACUGGAGAAAGCUGAAAUCCUGCAGAUGACUGUGGAUCACCUGAAAAUGUUGCACACAGCAGGGGGGAAAGGCUACUUUGAUGCUCACGCUCUUGCUAUGGACUAUCGAAGUCUGGGCUUCCGAGAGUGUUUGGCCGAAGUUGCCCGCUACCUGAGCAUCAUCGAAGGUCUGGACACUUCUGAUCCUCUCCGUGUCCGCCUAGUGUCUCACCUGAAUAAUUAUGCCUCUCAGAGGGAAGCCGCAAGCAGUUCCCAUACAGGGCUUGGACACAUCCCUUGGGGCAGUGCCUUUGGACAUCAUCCCCACAUCUCCCACCCAUUACUGCUGCCUCAGAAUGGGCAUACUACUACGAGCGGCAGCGCAACUUCCACAGAAGGUCAUCAUCACCACAGCAGAAGUGGGGCUCCCCAUGCUGAAUCAUCUUCACUGAGAGCGCCCCCUAAUGGCAGCAUUGGACCAGUGCUUCCCGUGGUCACUUCAGCUUCUAAACUCUCUCCUCCCUUGCUGUCUUCCAUGGCUUCCCUGUCUGCAUUCCCCUUUUCUUUUGGUUCGUUCCAUCUGUUGUCUCCCAAUGCUCUCAGCCCGUCUACACCGGCACAGUCGGCCGGCCUUGGCAAACCUUACAGACCAUGGGGAACGGAGAUUGGUGCAUUUUAAGAACUAGCAGGGUGGUGAAGGGGUGCGUUGUCUGUAAAAUAGCCAGCUGAGCUGGGGCAUCUGAACUCCUUUUAACAGUUUGUUAUCAAAGGUACAGUUCCAGUUUUAACAGAGUUUGUACAAAGAAAAUGUUUCUCCCCACCCUGCUUUCUAUUAGCAGAUUUUAAAAAAGCAGCAGUUGCCAGAAGUUUAUUCAAUUUUUUUGUAAAAUCUUCAUAGAUGUUAAUUUAAAAAUGAUAAUAAAAUAGAAUUUUGCUGA